AUGGGGAAUUGCACUCUCAAAGGGGUCACUGGGGACUGUCACAACUCCAUCAGGAUUCUGACUGAUUCCGGGGCUGUACUACAAUUCAGAGGCCCUAUUACAGCUCGGGAAAUCCUUAACGAACACCCCGGGUAUGGAAUAUUUCGGCAGGGUCAAGCAUCAUCAUCGGUGCGGGACCUUGAGCGCCUAACCGGAGGCCGAUCGUACUAUCUACUUCCAGUUGUUAAGGAGGAGAAUGUGUUAUGCAGCAGUGAGGACACUGAACAAGUGCAAAACAGAAGGGCCAUUGAGGAAUUGGAGGCCGAGUGGUUGAAUGUGACUGAGUUAGCCAAAAAGUCUCUAGGGGCAGCAUCCGAUGCUGUCGAGGAUUUGGCAAACGGUUCGGCAAUGGAGGUGCUGCCAUCGGCCGGAGAUGGAGUUUGGAGAGUGAAGUUGGUGAUUGACACAAAACAAUGGGAGGAAAUCUUGUCGGAGCAAGUGAAUACUGAGGCUUUGAUCGAGAGAAUAAGGAUGGCUGCAAGCUCAGCUAGCCUAACACCAAAGAGAAUAAAGGGUGCUGCUUGCGGAAUGGGUUUGAAGCCAACAUUUUCCAAUCUCUUCAAAAUGCCAUCUUGA